AUGGAAGUCUUGCGAAAAGAGUUUGAAGAGAACUUACCCCUCAUUGAGGAAGCCAUGACCGAGGCAGAUUUUAUCGCAAUUGAUACAGAAUUCACAGGUCUUUCCACACCUGAUAUCCAGUUUCAACAUGCAGAUGAAAUCUCAACCAGAUACUCCAAGCUCAAGCGUUGUGUGCAAGAGUUUACGGUCAUUCAGUACGGUGUAUGUGCCUUCAAACGAGACCCAUCCAACGGCAACUACAUUGCCAAACCCUUCAACUUUUACAUAUUUGGCGCAGACACCCACGAAGUCCAAAGUCGACGUGUAUUCUCAGCAACACCUAGCAGUUUGGCCUUUUUGAGACAAAACAAGUUUGAUUUCAAUAAAUUGAUCGAGGAAGGCAUUCCAUUCUACAACUACACCGAAGAAGGCUCCAUGUUUCAAUCAAAUCAAGGCACCAAUGUAGUGAAUCGACGAGCCAUGAUCAAAGAAUCUGAUUUGAACAAGUCCGGAAGAGGCUUCUUGGAAUACAAUAGAAAUUCAAUCAGUAAAUGGCUUCAAGGCAACACAGAGCAGCCUCUGAUCAUUCAAGUUAACAGCAACUUUUACAAGAAAUUAAUAUACCAAGAGAUUCAGGACAGCAAAUACAAUGGAUUCUUGCAAGCAACACAAAGAGACAGUAAACAUCUGCAGAUUUCUCGACUCAAGGAAGAGGACAAGCGAAAGAAAGCAGCCAAUUCGCCCAAAUUAAAUUUUCGUGCUGUCAUUGAGUUGAUUCGCAAAGCAAAGUGUCCUGUUGUAGCACACAAUGCCGCCUUUGACAUCUUCCAUACUGUAGAUCAAUUUUGGCAGUACUUACCUCAGACAAUCGACGAAUUCAAAAAGGUGGCAAACAGCAUGUGGCCAAACAUUGUAGAUACCAAGUAUUUGGCAGAAUAUCACCCUUCAUUAAAGAAUUGUUUCAACACUUCAGUUUUGGGAUCAUUAUUCAACACAGUGUACGAGGAAUUGAAAGAAGCGGGGCAAGAUGUUGUGAUGGCAGAGGGGUUCGAUAGAUACACAGGCACUGGAAACGAUGUGGAGCAUGAGGCUGGCUACGAUGCUUACAUGACAGGUGUCAUUUAUCUGGCGUUCAUUUGCUUUAUUCACGAAAAGAAGGCAGAGAAACCCGAUACACAAGUUGGCGACAAGAGGAAGAGAAAUGACUCUAUAAGCAGCACAAAUACUAGUGUAUCCUCCUCGUCUGUUGAAUCUUCAACAUCCACAUCAUCAGCAGAAUCCGCCUCAAAAGUAGCCUCUGACAAUACAAAGGAAAAUGAAGAGGAGGAGGAAGAAGGAGAAGUCAGCGCAUCAGAUUCAGAUGAUUCCGACGAAGAAAUUGCCAGUAAGAACAGUAUAUUCAUGGAUAAAGCGAUUGUACCCUACUAUGGUCGCAUCUACUUGAUGCGUAGCGACAUUCCAUACAUCAACCUCAAAGGAGAAGAGGCCAUGGAGAUGAUUACCUACCCCAAUCGAUUUUACCUCCACAACAUCCCUGCUGGACUGACCAAUGCUGCUAUCGAGCUAUUAUAUCCCUCCUUGGUACCAUUUGCAGUGUCAUGGAUCAACGACAACAGUGCUUGGAUUAUAUUGAAGGAUGAAACCAAGAUUCCUUUAGUGAAAACUGGCAUGCUCGGUUUGAGUUUAGUGCAAAGCUUUCUCCCUGGCUGCUCGCGUCAAAAUGAAGGUGCUGGCUAUGGCAUUACAAAAGAGGCCAGCCGAAUUGAACUGAUUUCACAUCAGCAAUGGCAAGCAUUGUAUGGACCCAGAAAGACGGUGAAUUAUAACAGCACAGCAUCUAUCUUGGCCGCCAACAAUAUCAGCAACAAGCCUACCAUCAUCGACAAUAACGAGAGUGUGCCAGCUGGUGGAGCGGGCUAUGACGAAUUGGAUAUCCCUUUGCCUCCUAGUUUUGCAACCCAUGUGAAAAGAAAUAGAGAUUCCACCGAGGAAGAUCAAGACGAUCAAGGCCAUACAUCUAAAGCUAGAAAAACAGAAUAG